AUGGGACCCCUACCGCCCUCUCGUACAUCCAAAAGGCGUUCCGGUUCCACUGACAGAACAAGAGCCCAGAAUCUGAAAAAAGGACCACUCAAACCAGCAAUUGCGUUGAAAUCUCAUCGGCGGGGUGGCUUAGGAACGAGGGCAACAUUGGUCCGCGAGCAGUCGAAAAAGCUGUUAACAGCAAAGCAGACUGAGAAAUUAGACGAGGAGGACAAUCAAGCGCUACUUGCGCGAAACAAUUCAACAGAGAAUGACCAACGGGGAGAAGUAGAUGGCACUGCGGCGGCUGAACCACGGCCGUCUGCACAACUGCCAUGGUGGCGCUCAGUGGGUUCUAGGUUAUCACGCCCGAUGCGGCGUAGCAAAGACACCGACGUUCUUCGUGGCUACAUCCUCACGUUAAUACGGUCCUGCCUCCGGCCAUCGUGGAAUGCGGAGAAGCUCCGCGAAAGUUAUGAAUUAAAUCCUUCUUCGAUUCGAGGCAGUGCCUUCCUGGCUGUCAGCUCAAGCCUUUUAAUUAUGCACAGAGCUAGACACAUGGGACAGUGCCGUACGAUGUGGCACACACAACUGCUGCAAGAGCUACUUCAACGGCGUGAGCUAGAGUGGACCGCCAUUGAAACGGAUCCUUGCUUUCAGCACUUUCUUGGUUGCGAGGCAUGCCUAGCACAUCGUCCGGCGACGAGAUGCCUAAGGUUGAAGGGUGUGAAAUAUGAUUCGAGUGAUUUCUGGCCCAUGAGCUGCAGGCUUGAUAUCCUUGCAUCCACUGAAGCCGAUGGGGCAUUGACUUUGGCGGUAGAGCUCGCGCCGGGCUCUAGGCCAGGCCAACCCACGAUUGGUGAUGAAGGAGAAGUCGAGUUCUGGGUCGACGAGCAGUGUCUGCGGAAAUGCCUUGUAUUUCAUGAACUUGUCCACUCGACCUCCAUUCUAACUGAAGAGGUUAUGUGUCUGGUAGAAGAUGAGCUACAGGACGGAGUUGUAUCUGUUCGCAAGGCGCAGCAAUUGCCUGAGGAAGGGACCAGUUUGGUAGAUCUCGUGCAAUGCCAUUUAGUCGAUGUACUUUGUCGAAACAAGCAUUUCCUGGAAAAGCAAAUACAGCACUUUGCAGAUAUGACACAUAUCGGAGAAGCGUAUUUUUCUGCUGUAGAUGAGGGCAUUCCGGGAUCCCAUCAAGAGCCUAAGGAUGCAGAAACGAACAGUAGCGCAAGAGUCUACGACGCGCCAUUAUCUCUUCGUCAUGAACAGUACGCUGGGCGCAUGAAAACUCUUGAAUCAUUAACAGAAAUCAAAAAACCCUCGACUAGUUUCCCACCCAGGUCUUAACGAGUGUACAGGUUGGUCUACGGAAUGAUAUCGCAGGUUUGUAAACUAAAUUCACGAUUUCC